GGAGGUACAACUUGAAGCUUAGCUAGUACCCAAGCUAGGUUGGUAGAACUAUCACAUUCUGAUAUCCUCACCAACUCCAGAGCUAAUUAAGAUCUUGCAAUGGGUGGGCUCUCCCUUGAGCACCCUUGGGCUUUUGCCUUUGGCCUCCUAGGCAACUUCAUCUCCUUCAUGACCUACCUGGCCCCACUGCCGACGUUCUACCGGAUCUACCGGAGCAAGUCGACGCAGGGGUUCCAGUCGGUCCCGUACGUGGUGGCGCUCUUCAGCGCGAUGCUGUGGAUCUACUAUGCGCUGCUCAAGUCCGACGAGCUACUGCUCAUCACCAUCAACUCUGCCGGCUGUCUCAUCGAAACCAUCUACAUCGUCAUGUACCUCGUUUACGCGCCAAAGCAAGCCAAGAUGUUCACGGCGAAGAUCCUCCUCCUCCUGGACGUGGGCUUGUUCGGCCUCAUCCUACUCCUCACGCUGCUGCUGGCCGGGGGCGAGAAGCGCGUCGUCAUGCUUGGGUGGGUCUGCGUCGGCUUCUCCGUCAGUGUCUUCAUCGCACCCCUCAGCGUCAUCCGCCUUGUGGUGCGUACCCGGAGCGUGGAGUUCAUGCCCUUUUCACUCUCCCUCUCUCUCACCAUCAGCGCCGUCGUCUGGUUCCUCUACGGCCUCCUCAUCAAGGACAAAUACGUCGCUCUUCCCAACAUCCUCGGGUUUGCCUUCGGGGUGAUCCAGAUGGGGCUCUACGCCCUCUACUGCAAUGCCACGCCCAGGCCGGCGCCAAAGGAGGUGGACGCACCCCUGCCUGAGCACGUCAUCGACGUCGCUAAGCUCGGCCCGGCGGCUGCCAUCGAGCUCAACACGCCAGCUGCCGUCCAGCCACCGACGAAGGGGAACAUCGUGUCUUGUGGCAGCGGCAAAACCAAAGAGAUCAGCGUCGAGAAGGUUGACAUGGCAACCAAUGUCGAGCAUGUCUAGGCAGGUGUGGUGGACAGAUUCUUAGCACAACUGAUACUGUAGUUUACUGUAUCUACUGUAGCUAUUUGGGCUUGCCUGAGACCUUUACUGAUAUCCAGGCUCUGGUAGUGUCAUGGACGUAUGCAUCCAGUUAAGCCAUGACAGGCAGGGGUGGAGCAAAGAAGCUGGGGAGACAAAGUAUGCAUCCAUGCAUGCAUGAGGAUGGGGGCGUGUGAUUUCCACCGUUAAUGUUCCAUUUCUUGCAAAGUGUUACUGUUCGUAGUUGCUCGUCGUAAGGGUUAUUUUAUUCCGGUAGUAUCCACUGUCGAUCACUUCGAUGCAAUAAUCUUGUUAUAAAAAUUACCAUUUU